AUGUCAUCCGUCCAUCUAUCGCACAUUCUCAGCGUUUCCGAACUUUUAGUACAACCAGUCCGACGGCGAGCCAGUCGGGUAAAAUGUGCGGUUCUGAUUCCAUCAUCGUGUGUCUACUUUCCGUGUGACUGUGUUGCAAUAAUUAAAAAAAUAGCAUACUGGGGAAGUGCGUCGCCGUUUGAUCCGAAAUUGUUUCGGUUUUUCGUUCCGUUUAGCUUUAUUUUAGGUUUUCCGAACAGCCCACCGGGCGGCACCAUGUUCCGCCACCACAUGACCCAGUACGGGUCCUGUGCCAGCGAGGUCCACAAAACUCUUUGCUACUUUUUCGCUGCCCUGAACAUCUUCCUGGCGUUGGAUAUGCUCGCCGACUUCAGCGCGGUCUGGUUCGAUGCGUUGGAUGAUUCCGGCGACCGAUACAACGACGCCAUAUCCGUUCAAUCCUACAAAAUGCUCAUGUGCCUUGUGAUCGCCGGACCGGCGAUCGCCAACAUUUGCCUAGCUGUCAUGUUGAUCGUCGGUGUGUACAAGCGCCGCCCCACCUACAUUCGGGUGUUCAGAAUGUUCAUCAUGGCACAGGUGAUCGUAAUCUGUUUCCUGGCCUUGUUCUCCUAUACGAUCGUGCUGGAGCACAGGGGAAGCCAUACAAUAAUGUUAUUUGUUUUGGUUAUUUCCAUUGCUUUAUUUGGAGCGGAAGCAUGGAUUGCUGGAGACUAUCACAAAUUGCUAUUGGAUGAAAUGCAAUUGGAAGACUCAGAUAGUGUUGGAAUUGCUUGAAUCUACGUAUUUCCAUGUGAAAUGACAACUGAACCAAAUGUGCCUAACGAUAGUUAGUCCAAUGUGACUAAUAAUAUUAAAUUCGGAGUGAAAACACUAAACCAAUGUACCUAUAUUGCCAUGUUCAGUAUACUUAUCGAAGAUUGUAAAAUAUAGCUAGACCUCCUGAAA